AUGCCGGAUUUUAUCUGGCCGGCCCCCAUCAAACCCAUCAUUAGCGAGCAGCUACCGGCUACCCCGAAGCUAACGCAUCCUCGCAUACGCCGCCUUUGGGGGUAUCUACACUACUACCUGAGAUCAUUCUCUGAAACGUAUUGCGGCUGGGUUGGCAUUCCUUAUGACAACCAAAUUGCUCAGCUUCCCUUCGGCCUGAUCCUAAAAUGGUCCGAUGGCACGCGCUUAGAAGAAGUCGCGACUAUGCAAGUUGCAAGAAAGGCAGGAUUGCCAGUUCCAAAGGUAAUUUGCUACGGAGAACACCCAGAUUCUCCACACGCACCUAUUUCGAUUCUUAUGACUAGGUUACCUGGUAGCGAACUAGGCCGGGCUUAUAAAACGCUUAGUGAAAGUGAUAGAAACUCUAUCUUUGAAGAGUUAGAGGGUUAUUUGGAGGCGAUAAGGAAGUGGAAAAACCCAUGGGGAGUGUCCGCGUUCCUAAUCACUACGCUGGUCCAAGAUGGACACAUCACUGGCUUUCUGGAUUGGGAAUCAUCUGGCUGGUAUCCUGAGUACUGGGAGUUCACCACGGCUCUAAAAGCUACCCGGAAGGCUUUUUGGUGGUAUGAUUUCGUUAUACGCCUUGGAGGGGACGCAUAUGAGACUGAAUUGGAUUGUGAACGCGCAUUGACCUCUCUAACCAGUGGCUCUUAUUACUGGUGA